AUGAUUCGAUUAUUUACUCUGAAACAGCAGAAGAAAGACGGCGAAAGUUCCUCGGGAGCGAAGAGAGCGUCUGCUGCCCAGCUUCGGAUUCAGAAAGACAUCAGUGAAUUAAAUUUACCAAAGACCUGCCAGGUUGAGUUUCCAGAUCCCGAUGAUUUAUUGAAUUUUAGAAUCAUCAUUUCACCAGAUGAGGAGUUUUACAGAGGAGGCCGGUUUGUGUUUAGUUUCAAGGUUGGCCAAGGCUACCCGCACGACCCACCCAAGGUCAAAUGUGAAACAAUGGUUUAUCACCCGAACAUUGACCUGGAAGGCAACGUCUGCUUAAAUAUUCUCAGGGAAGAUUGGAAACCAGUUCUGACCAUCAAUUCAAUAGUUUAUGGUUUACAGUAUUUGUUUUUGGAGCCCAACCCAGAGGAUCCUCUAAACAAAGAAGCAGCCGAAGUCUUGCAGACAAACCGACGGCUGUUUGAGCAGAAUGUGGCCAAAUCUAUGCGGGGUGGCCAAAUAGGCAAUGUCUACUUUGAACGCUGCCUAAAAUGA